AUGGGCAUGAAAUACCUGGGGGUGGCCAUGGCAGGAAUUGACUUUGGGUGCGACAUUGACGGUUCUUGCCCAACGAAAAACGUCAAAAUACCGCUCCUCUCGUUUGGCGGGCCGGACUCAGCCGGCCAAAUGAGACACUUUGUUCUGGACGACGGCAUGAACACAUUCCGGCUGUCAAUGACGUGGCAGUACAUCACAGCCGGACAAGUGGCAGGAGGUCUCGACAAGGAGAACUGGGGGAAUUUCGCAAAGCUGGUUCAAGCGUGCCUAGACACCGGGGCGUAUUGCAUGCUGGACCUUCACAACUUUGCGCGGUACAACGGAAUCAUCGGACAAGGCGGACCCAGCAACGACGUCUUUGCCGGCCUCUGGAGACAGAUCGCGACGUAUUACGCUACGGAGGACAGGAUCAUUUUUGGGUUGAUGAACGAACCACACGACCUGGACAUUAAGUUCUGGGCCCAGAGCUGCCAAGCUGCCGUCACGGCCAUCCGAAACGCCGGCGCUACUUCGCAAAUCAUCCUGCUGCCCGGGACAAACUUUGCCAGCGCGGAAACGUUCGUAUCCACCGGCAGCGCGGAAGCUCUCGCCGCCAUCACCAACCCGGACGGAUCGACCGACAACCUGAUGCUCGACCUGCACAAGUAUCUCGACAUCAACAACUCGGGCUCGCACAGCGAGUGCACCACCAACAACGUGGCCGGCUUCAAGACCAUCUCCGACUGGUUGAGGAAGAACAACCGGCUGGCCAUGGUUUCCGAAACAGGCGCAUCCAUGGAUCCGUCGUGUAUGACCAAAUUCUGCGAGCAAAACGAGUUCAUCGCCAAAAACGACGACGUCAUUGUCGGUUUCGUCGGCUGGGGCGCAGGCGGCUUUGACAACACCUACAUCCUCACACUGGCGCCCGAGUGGACGGGCGACGGCUGGACAGACAACAAGCUGAUGAAGCAGUGCAUCCUUGCGCCGUUUGGCAAAGCUACGAUAUCCGCUUCUCCCGCCGGCAACACGAAUGCACCCGCCGUGCCGCAAUCCGAACCCGCUGGGACGACCAACAACAACAGCAAACAAGGUGCGGCGCCCAAGAAGGAUAAUGGUGCCGGCCGAGCUGCAAUCUCUGGACUCGGUGUUCUAUUAGCGAGCAUGGCGGCCAUGAUUUUGUUGCAUUAG